GCGAACGUCAGCCGUCGGAUAACCCGAACACCAACACACCUCUCACGAACAUAACAAAAGUUACAGCAUAUACAAGAUGUCUAAUGCACCAAAUACUGCAGGCAAUGAGAGAUUCAAUGCCGAAGCAGCGAACUGGGAUAACAACCCCUCCGUCCAAGAGGCGACUCGCCUCGCAUACGAGACACUCCGACCCGUCGUCGAGAAUCUGUCGGGGGAGAAACAAGCCACUACAGGAACCGGCUUGGAUGUUCUCGAGGUGGGCUGUGGAACAGGCUUACUGAGCUUGCGGGUAGCACCCCUGGUCCGCGAGAUUGUCGCCGUUGACACGGCAGAGGGCAUGAUUGAAAUGCUGAAGACGAAGGCGACGCAGCCUGGCUCUCCACAAAAUAUUGUGCCUAUUUGCAAGUUGCUAGAGGACCCCGAGGACCCUGUUCUUCCCCCCAGUGAUGAAAACCAUCCCUCGGCAGGUCGGAGAAAGUUCGAUCUGGCCUUGUCGCAUCUUGUCCUACAUCAUAUUCCCGAUCUUCGGCCUUUUCUCCACAUGCUCCUGGGUUGCCUAAAGCCUGGGGGAAGAAUAGCUCUGACAGAUUUUGAGGACUUUGGUCCCGAGGCGAUCAAGUUUCACCCCAAGUCUAAAUUGGAGGGUGUGGAACGGCACGGCAUUCCGCGUCAGUGGAUCGAAGACCUAUUGAAGGAGGUUGGUUUCGAGCAAGUCAAGGUAUGGGUGGGAUGGAAGCUCGAUAAAGAUAUCGAGGGGUGGGAGGACGAUAAUGCAGGCCAAGAUGGUGGCAAGAAGACGAUGCAGUUUCCCUUUCUCGUGUGCGAAGGAGUGCGUCCAUGAUAUGGCCCCGGUCAGUUACCGAUCUCAUCAAACUGAGGCAAACUACGUUGUGACUUAGUUGUUUCUAUUUAUAAAGCAUGUACCAUAGUAGAGUUGAAAAUAAUCCUACAAUCCAUGCAAUACACCUGCAGGGCCCGGUCGAAGACAGCAUGCUUUAAUGUUCUCGAGUUUAUUUUAUGCAUAACUAAG